CCUAAUAACGAGCCUUCUGAUUGGCCCGAGAUCUCACGGCCACAGUGGGGGUAACAUUUGUGAAUGGCUUCAAAGUGACUGAGCCGUGCGGCUGAUUUAUAAUGUUUUAUCGGCACUUUAGCAGAUGUGGUUUUUAUUCGAUGUGACGCUCUUCAGUCGAGGGAAACGAUGACGGACGCUGAAGCUGCUCGCAGCCCGGACCAGCUGAAUAAAUUUGAGAAACUGACAGGCAGGCCGCCGCACGGUGAGACGUUAACGUUAGCAGGUCCUGUUACUCCCCCGGCCCGCAGUGGGCAUCGAUGUGUUGCUGAUAACACUAACCUAUACGUGUUCGGAGGGUACAACCCUGACUACGAUGAGUCAGGAGGCUCAGACAAUGAAGACUAUCCGCUGUUCAGGGAGCUUUGGAAGUACCACUUUGCAACAGGCAGCUGGGAGCAGAUUCGGACAGAGGGCUAUAUGCCCACAGAGCUGGCGUCUAUGUCUGCUGUUUUGCACGGCAACAACCUCCUAGUGUUUGGUGGCACCGGGAUUCCCUUUGGUGAAAAUAAUGGCAAUGACGUACAUGUUUGUAAUGUGAAGUACAAGCGGUGGUCACUGCUCAACUGUCGGGGGAAGAAGCCCAACAGAAUAUAUGGACAGGCGAUGGUUAUUAUAAAUGGUUUCCUGUACGUGUUUGGAGGGACUACGGGUUACAUCUACAGCACAGACCUGCACAGGCUGGACCUGACCACAAGGGAAUGGAUCCACCUUAAGCCUAACAACCCUCCUGACGACCUGCCUGAGGAACGGUAUAGGCAUGAAAUAGCACACGACGGACAGAGGAUCUACAUUCUGGGAGGAGGAACUUCCUGGACAUCUUACCCUCUGGACAAGAUACAUGCUUACAAUCUGGAGACCAAUUCCUGGGAGGAGAUUACAACUAAACCUCAUGACAAAAUAGGAUAUCCCGCUCCUAGGAGAUGUCAUAGCUGUGUACAAAUAAGAAACGAUGUAUUUAUCUGUGGUGGCUACAACGGGGAACUGAUAUUAGCUGAUCUGUGGAAGAUCAACCUGCAGACUUUCCAGUGGAGUAAACUACCAGCGGUGAUGCCUGAGCCGGCGUACUUCCACUGUGCUGCUGUCACCCCAGCCGGCUGCAUGUACAUCCACGGUGGCGUGGUGAAUAUCCAUGAGAACAAGCGAACUGGCUCUCUUUUUAAGAUCUGGCUGGCUGUGCCCAGCCUGUUGGAGCUAUGCUGGGAGAAACUCCUCAAGGCUUUUCCCCACCUGGCUUCACUUCCCACCAUGCAGCUGCUCAACCUAGGACUCACACAGGAACUCAUUGAACGUUUGAAAUAGUAGUGCAGUGCAGGAUGGACUAAUGAAUGAUGGGAUGGGCUGGGCUGGACUGGACUGGGAGGAGAAAACAGAGCACAGAAUUCAAUUCACAGCAAAAUUUCUCGGGAAAAAUGCCCUCUCCCUCCCCUGCCUAACGUAGCCCCGCCUUAAAACCAAAAACAAUGGGAUGCCUUUUUUCCCCCCGUUUGUUCUUAUUUUCAGCAGUUUCAGUGAUGAUAAAGAAAAUAAAUGUGGAAUGUUUUAUGGAUUUUACUCAACGUCCCACCCCCUCCACUACGGUUCUUUACAUGAUGCCUUUAUGUCAAGCUCGAUCUGAAUUCCCGCUUCUCAUCCUCCCAACUUUCACAGUUGGAAAUACUUUAUUUUGCCAAAUCAUGCUUUCAAAGACUGUUUUUAAAAUCUGCCUUCUAAUAUUUUAAGAAUUCUGUGCAAAGGAAGAAUGCAUGUUAUUUAUUUGAAGGACUAAAUCCAUUUUUCUUGGGGGUAUUCUCAUCACCUGAUAUUGCUGUUUGCACACUUUGUCUUGCAUAUUUUUGGAUGUUUACUUUUCUUUUUUUUUUUUUAAAUAGAUCCUACAAGCAAAGUAACCAGUCAGGAAAGUGGCAGACUGUUUGCCAAAUGACCAUUCCGGUGUUUUUGCACAUUUUGAGCCAAUUUAAUUCAAAUAUCAUAUAUAACUUUUAAGUGAGUUUUAGAUUUUUAAAAUGUUUUUGCAACUUGCCAGGCAGCCUUUUUAUUUCAGGUUUGGUGUGGAAAAACAUCCAGAAGCUUGAAACCUAAGUUAAUCAUGUGUUUUUAUUGUUGAAGUUAUGUUAUCCAUGCAUAAUUUUGACAUAAAUAAAAGCAGACAUGGUGUUGUUUGUAAGGGAUUAGCUGUCUUAAAUCGUAGGUCUUUCUGAGUUGUUUUUAUUCUAUAAAUGGAAACCAGUGUCUGUCUGGAGGUAAGGAAAACAUUUAAAAUCUAAGCUAUAGUAUGCCUUUUUAAAAUGGUCUUAGUAAUAUAUGUUAUUUGUUAUAAAUUAGCUAAAACAUGCAGAAACACUGUAUGUUCUUCAUUAGUGCUGGUUAUGUCUGAGCCCUUGUAUUUUCCUGUAUUUUCCAUUAUACAUUAUGUUACAGCCUAGUCCGGAAAACCAUCUGCAAAAAAAAAAGUCAAUUUCCAUCCUGUUUGCUUGCAGCUCUCAUUCGUAAACCAAACCAUGCAACACAUCACUGUGAAUUUGGUGCUCUCUAAAGUUAAUUUAAAAUGCUUUUAUUCGAAUAAAGACUUAAUUCUGCUCAGA